AUCCGUUAAGUCCACCCACCCGAUCACCCGCAGUAACAGCCAUCUCCGACUAUUAUCAAGCGGCACUUGUACGCGUACUUGCUUAUCGCUGCUUUCUUUUUUUCCUCCUUCUGUCUACUGUCGUAAUUCUCUUGCUACUUGAUACUCCCAUCUAAUAGACACAUUCAAUUGAACCAUCUGCCAAAAUGACGACCCUCACGAACGCCUUCUCACAUUCGUCUCAUGACACGGCCAUCAUCGUGCCUGGAAGCCCGGCUUUGACCGUCUCGUACGAGCAACUCACAGCCGACAUCCUCUCCUUCCAAUUGAAACUCGCCAAAUUGGGAAUCACUCCUGCCUCGGCCGUCUCAAUCGCUCUUCCCAACACAUACCCUUUCAUCGUCGCUUUCCUGGCAACAGCAUGGCAGCGUGGAAUUGCCGCCCCUCUCAACCCUGCAUACAAGCAGUCCGAGUUCGAGUUCUACAUUGACGACUUGAAGUCUGCUCUUGUUCUUGUUCCUCAGGGUUUGGCAGACGGUCCUGCUGUCAAGGCCGCGCAGAAGUACAACGCUGCUGUUGCAGAAUGCUACUGGAACGGCAAAGAGGUGGUUCUGGACAUCAAGGAUGAGGGAAAGCUGAAGGGCAAGGGCAAAAAGUCCAUUGAGUACGCUCAGCCUGAUGAUGUUGCUCUCGUCCUGCACACUAGCGGCACCACUGGUCGUCCUAAGGCUGUCCCUCUUUCCCACAAGAACUUGACACGCACCAUGUCAAACAUCAAGGCAACUUACGAGUUGACCUCUGCUGAUCGUACCAUGCUGGUCAUGCCUUUGUUCCACGUUCACGGUCUCCUUGCUGGCUUCUUGGCUCCCUUGUUGUCCGGUGGUUCUGUUGUCGUUCCGGCCAAGUUCUCGGCCUCCGACUUCUGGCGUGACUUCACCACUCACAAGGCAAACUGGUACACUGCGGUACCCACCAUCCACCAGAUCUUGCUCAAGAGCCCUACUCCGUCUCCUCUACCAAACAUUCGCUUCAUUCGCUCUUGCUCUUCUCCUUUGUCUCCUAAGGUCUUCCACGAGCUCGAGAAGACCUUCAAGGCUCCUGUUCUUGAGGCCUACGCCAUGACCGAGGCCGCGCAUCAAAUGACUUCCAAUCCUCUGCCUCACAAGGGCAAGCGCCAACCUGGCUCUGUUGGUGUAGGCCAAGGUGUUGAGGUCAAGAUCCUCGAUCAAGCCGGCAAGGAAGUCUCUCAAGGUAGUGAAGCUGAGAUUUGCAUUCGUGGUGAGAACGUGACCACCGGCUACCUCAACAACUCCGAAGCAAACAAGACUUCAUUCACCGCAGAGGGCUUUUUCCGCACCGGUGACCAGGGCAAGCAGGACAAGGAUGGAUAUGUGAUCAUCACUGGCAGAAUCAAGGAAUUGAUCAACAAGGGUGGUGAAAAGAUCAGUCCUAUCGAGCUCGACAAUGUCAUGGCACAACAUCCCGCUGUAUCUGAAGCCGUCAGUUUCGCCAUCGCAGAUGACAUGUACGGUCAAGACGUCGGUGUCGCCAUCGUUCUCAAGGACAACCAAAAGCUUCAACCCGCAGACCUGAAGUCAUGGAUGGCCGAGCGUGUCGCCAAGUUCAAGCUCCCGAAGAAGAUUUUCUUCACCGACAUCAUGCCCAAGACUGCUACUGGCAAGAUCCAGAGACGUAUGGUUGCCGAGGCCAUGCUCAAGCAAGAGGGUCCUAAGGCCAAGCUUUAAAGAGACUGUUUCGUAUACAGGCAUAUAUUGGAAAAGUGGAGGAUCAGAUCUUUUGUACAUAUCAUACAUAUCACGAACUUUGUCAUUUGCUACAAAACUCUACGCUGCAGGAUCAUGCUGAGUCUCGUAAUGGAAGUCUUCUCAUGUUGCAGUGACUCGAGACCUCAACGACACUAAACUAUUUACCCGCUCUGUCCUUAUACCCAAAG